UUUGUUUUAUUAUUUAAAUUUAAAAGAUUAAAUGUAUUUUAUUUUGUUAUAUUUAUGUUGUAUUUGGAAUACAUUGCACUGUUUGCCAAAAUGUUGCAUACUAUUGCACUGCAUGACAUUUAUUUUAUUGGAAAAGAGUAAUUAUAUUCGCCCUGUUUUUUUUUUGUUUUUUUAAAAUUAUUAUUAUUUUUUUUUUUUUAAUGCAUGCCAGAACUGUUGCAUUGCAUGCAAGGAGACAAUAUUUUUGCAAUCCAAGUUUUAAUUGGCAUAUAAGUAAACUCCCAGUUUAGUGAUUUUUGGCAUGUCAGUAUGAGAGAGUUGUUGUGGCAUUUACAAGCCUGCAAUAAUGUGUAGCUAUAUCCAUACCAUCUGAAACAGAAGGCUUCAUAUUUCUGUGAUAUAACAUUUCUGAAUUGACAGAGGUUUGUUUUGGCUUCUUGGAACCACUCCUUGUAUUGUUUAAUUCUAUGGCUAGUGAAAUAAUACUUUGGCAUCCCACGAGGUGAUUUUCACUCAGUUCCCAUAGGACGAAAAAACCAAACCCUUAGUGAUUAUGGAGGUGUUGUUAGGAGAUGAACAGUUUUACUGUCUGUAACUUAUAGCACCAUGUCUUCUUGUGUUUUAGGGUUUGGAUGUUCAGGUUGUGUUGCAGGUUUUUGUCUAGAUUGAAAUGGAGGAGGAUUUGAAUAAGUGGCCUGAGGAGGACCCAAAGCCAGCUCACUUCUCCUCGUGCAAAUGUUUCACAUUAGCUGCUAUACUGAUUUUGCUCAUCAUUGGAGCUUCUGUAGGUUUCAUGACGGUACAAGAGGAACAUUAUUUCAUGGAGACUGUGGAAUUACAAGGGCUCAGUUAUGAUACAGACCUGCAAGAUAAAACAUCAGGAUUCUCUGUAGUUCUAUCUGCAACUCUGAAAGCAAAGAUAAAGAAUAUCUUUAGCGCCUCUUCAGUGGGAAAUCAUUUUACAGACUGCCAGAUAGUUGCGUAUGGGAACAUCAAUGGAAAUGUGAUGACCACUUUUCGUUUGGUCUUUCGGAUCGCUCAUGCCCAGGGUUACACGGAGAGCUUCAUUCAAGAUCUUCUCCGCUCUGGAUUGAAGGUCAUGCUGAAUGGAAAACCCAUCCCUGUUCCAGAAUAUGGAGAGAUCAAUGGCAUCGUCCUUCUUGGGGCAAGUGGAAAGUCAUUCUAUGAGAUUGGGAAUGACAUAAGUAAAUGUCCUGAGAACACAUUCACUUGUAACAAUGGCGAGUGUAUCAUAAAGCCAAACCCAGAGUGUGACUUUAUAUCCGACUGUGUAGAUGGUUGUGAUGAAGCUUUUUGCUCCUGUGGAACACGUCCGGCCAUGGGUAUCCGUGUUGUAGGGGGUGACAAUGCCCAUCACGGUGAGCUACCCUGGCAGGUCAGUCUCAGACUACAUGGCCGCCAUACCUGCGGUGCCUCCAUCGUCAACAAUUGCUGGCUUGUGAGCGCCGCUCAUUGUUUUGAAACAGAGAAAAACCCCAAAGAUUGGACAGCUUUGAUAGGAGCCAAUCUGGUCAGUGGAGAGGAAGGGGAGGCCACCAUGCUAAACAUCAAGUCCUUGACCGUCUCUCCAGACUAUAAUCCCAUGACGACGGACAGUGAUGUGACUGUUCUGGAGUUGGAAAAGCCCUUGAAGUUCAGCCCUUAUGUUCAGCCAGUCUGUAUCCCAUCAUCCUCUCACUUUUUCAGUCCUGGACAGAACUGCAUCGUCUCUGGUUGGGGAGCUCUCACUCAGUACACAAGUGAGGUGCCUUCUACAUUACAGAAGGCAAUAGUGCAGAUCAUUGAUUCAAAAGUCUGCAACAAGUCAUCUGUUUACAGAGGGGCAAUCACACAAAACAUGAUGUGCGCUGGUUUUCUUCAAGGGAAGGUGGACUCCUGUCAGGGAGACUCUGGGGGCCCUUUGGUAUGUGAGGUGGCCCCUGGACGCUUUUUCCUAGCGGGUGUGGUGAGAUGGGGAGUAGGAUGCGCACAGAUCAACAAACCUGGGGUUUAUUCCCGAGUCACCAAACUCCGCAACUGGAUCCUGAGCUACACUGAUUCCACAACGGUUCAAGUCGCUCCCACUUUCCCUAGUGUCACAACUACUGCAGUUCACCUUGAUAAAGCAAUGAAACCAUCCUCCAACCUAGCCGAUAAUGAAUAUAACCAUGCGCCUGCAAACUGCAGUGGUAAUUAUAACUGUGGUGAAGGCGUGUGUAUAAGCAAGAUAAACCCAGAGUGCGACAGAAUCGUUGACUGCUCCAAUGAGGCAGAUGAGAAAAACUGUGGUAUGAGAACCAGUUUGCUACAGAAAGCGCAGGCUAGCGUCAUUGAUCAGUUGGACUGCCAGCAAGCUUAUGGUACUGAACUUACCGACAACAUGAUGUGUGCUGCCUCUAUGCAGGGGGAUAUGGACACAUGUAUGAUUCAGGGGGUCCUCUGGUGUGCCGUGAACUCCAAGGCCAGUGGUUCCUGGUUGGGGUCAUGGCUGCAGUAAAAUUGGCUUCAUCGGAGUUUACAUGCAGGUUACGGCUAUUAGAGAAUGGAUAUCUAUAUACCUCCCUUUUUAAACAUAAUGAACAUAUCUGGAAUUGCCGUCAACCAUCUUUCUCAAAAGUGAUGUGCAGUCGUGUUUCACAACCGCAGUGGAUCCAUCAAAUUUGGAGCUGCUGCUUCUCUGCUGAUGUUCAUACUGUACUGUGACAUAUUUAUUUUUGGUAUUUAUUUACAAUGCAUUCUGAUGUAUGAUACAUUAAAACCCUUGAUGUGGUACAGUGGUCGAGACCAUUGGUGGAAAGAGUUUUUUUUACUUAAGUAAAAGUACUGCUACUGAAGAAAUAAUUCACUUGAGUACAAGUACUGAAAUAUUAUGACAAGUAAGAGUAAAUAAGUAGUUUGCCGGAAAACUUAAACGUAAUUACGUUACAAGUUACUUUAUGAAUAUUAUAUAUAGUAUAUACGCUUCCAUUUUUUAGAACACAAAGACAUUUAUGUUCUUGAAAGAAAACUGAUGCUUCCUUUCACCAAGGAUGCAUAAAAUUGAUAAAAAAAUAAACUGUCAAAAUCAUUAAUAGCUAAUUAUUACGGUUUGAAAUAAUUGUUUCAAGUGGUAUUUAUUCAGUUGUUUUCUUUACCCGUGAUGGCAUUGUAAAGUGCUAAUUUUCUUAUUAUUAAAACAAUUGAAAAUGGUUGUGCUACCAUGCGGAAAUCACAAUACAGUGGGUUUUUUCCCCCAUUUACUGAGGUAUUGAGUUCUUAUAAGUUGCUUUACACUUGCAAGUCAAAUUUUGGUUUUAAAAAUAGGGAAAAAGAAACAUUUCUCCUGAAAUUCUAUUUUCUCCUAAAGUCUGUUGAUUUAGAGAGAUGAAGACUAUUCCAUGCAUUACUGUUUUGAAAAAAAGAAUCUCUAACCAGGAUAGAGAGGGAAGUGGACGGCCAGAUGCACAACAAAAAGACCAGUAAAUCACAGUCUCUAGUUUGAGAAACAGACUCCUCACAGGUCCUAAAUUAGCAGCUUCUAAAUGCCAAAGACCUGCAUUGCUGCAAGAGCAUUCUUGGACAAACAGGCAAUGUUAAGAAAACAACAUUUAUUUAAGUAGAAAUAGCCAUUUGUAACGUUCUAAAUGUCUCUAAAUCGUCACUAAACUACAUAAUGUGCAUUGUGACUGAAACACAUGCCUAUAUCAGGUUUAUUCUCAUUCACGUAUGUCCAAGUAUUUUGGCUAUUAAGUUAACAUACUGUAUAAAACUAAUAUAAUGCAAUAUCAUAGAGGAGGAAAUUUAUCCUAUAUGAUAUUGCAGCAAUUAUCCAGAUGAAUAAAAUAUGCCAACUGAAUAAAAUAAGGCAGAAAUAAACAUUUCACACAGUGUUUAGUGAGAGAUAUGAUUGAUUCAACAACAGAUUGGUUGUUCUGUACAGGGUCGUAGAUUUCGGGGGGGAUGGGGGUUGUUAACCCCCCAAUAAUCAAAACAAGCAAUUACAAUGAUCAGUGGUUAAACGCGUUCAGACGGUUCCCUCGUACCUUAAUGAAUGACUGCUUUCCAGAAUAAAAUGAAAUAUGCAGAAAAUCACAGUUUUACAGUUCUUGUAUAGUGACAGGGCAGAAAGUCUUGAAUAAGCUAGAGGAGAGAGGACAGCGGUGGCAGUUUAUGCAAGCUGUUGUGCCCUGCGGGCUUCCGUCGUGCCGCACACAGCACGUUUUAGUUUAUAAACAGAUUUAGCGCUUAUAACUUCUACCUGAAAAUUCAGAAAUAUUAUGUAUUUUUUGUACUUUGCAAUUGUGGUGAAAAAUAACUGUAGCGAAGUUGAAUAUUUCAUUUUUAAUCAACUUAAGUACUAUUAUUUAUUUAUACUUAAAGUAGAAACAUCUGAAAAAUGUACUCAAGUACUUUAACGAAAGUAGUUGUAAUUUGUUACUUUCCACCUCUAGUCGAGACAAACCGUAACCAGGCCCAUACUGAAUCACUGACUUUAUUAGCAAUUUCUAAUACAGGAACAAGGUAUUUGUAGAACUUUGUGAAAGAUGGGCAUUCGAGUUCUGCAGAAAUCUACAGUUACAGAUUCCAUGUGGGCCUAAGAGUAACCCAUAUUGCUAAAAAAUAUACAGAAAUCAUCAAGUUAAGCUUGCUUUCCUACAGAGAUUACAUAAGCAAGGAACUAAAAUAUGGCGACAUUUGUUUGUCUCUAAUCAAACCAAAAGUUACCUUGACAAACUGUAUGAUUUCAAAAGGAAAUAGGGGAUCAUGGACCUUAGUCAAGGUAGAUGUAAUGGCUGGGUCUAUGGGGGGGCAUUGCCCCCCCCCCCCCCCAGUUUUUCCUCAUGUCCCCCAGGACAAUGGCAAUAUGAUCAACAGUCAACCUCUUGCACCAUCUCAAAAGACCAAAUCCUAGCAACGGCCCUGGUAUACGUCAUAUUUUACGCAAAAAUCAAAAUGAGGUUGUGAGAGAUAAAUGUACCAUCCAUUCAAUGGGUUGUACUUUCUUAAGACCAUUUACAUGCACGGCAAUAUGCUGGUUACUCCCAAAAAUCAGUUUAUUUAAAAAAAGCAGCGAGAAAUCCUUGUUUACAUGACAUUUGAAAUAAUCACGUUAUUCUCUGCUUUUGACGUCAAACCGUGAAGAGGCAUGCGCAUGUAACCAGUCCUGCUCGACCUGCUUAGAGCGGGAUUCGAACCGGCGUCUCCGGCAUGGGAGGUGGGCGCGCUAACAAGGAGGCUAAAGGCUACAGCCUCUAGCGUCUGUUGCUAGUGCGCCUCUUGAGGUCAGGGGAGUGAGGUUUACGCACUGCACAGCUACCUACCAGCUGGCUACCGUUAUACGCACAACACAUUCACACAUUGGAUACGGCGGUAUGAAUGCGAGGAAGGUAUUUACAUGCAAUGCAAAAUCAGCGUAAUGGACAAAAAUCUACCAGUGUCGAUCUGUUAAUUCUUACGCCAUUUAUGACCUUAAACCGAUAAAGGCCGCUUAAUACAUUUACAUGACCACACACAUUGUUAGCUUAAGCAUAAUCAUAUAAGAACGUGAAUGUAAAUGCGCUCAAUGUCUUAGAUCGCAUGAACUUUUAACCCAUUCAUGUACUUCUAUCCCUCACAGCCUUGUUUUCAGUUGUGUU